AGGAGUAAAGAUAAAACCGAUUAUUAAAUAGCGGGUAAUACCGUCGUACAUGUAGUCGAUGAAAACAUUGAAAAGGCACUAUCUUUAAGUAAUCAUCUCUUAUCUGCAAAGCCAAGAAGAACUCAGCAGAUUGUCGAUCACUCCUCUCCAAUCUUUUCUUGGAUUGUAGAAAAAAUGACCAAAAGCAGCUUCAAGCAAGCACAUGAGUUUGAGAAGAGACGCGCUGAGGCCGCAAGGAUUAGAGAGAAAUAUUCAGACAGAAUUCCUGUGAUUGUGGAAAAGGCAGAGAGAAGUGAUAUUCCCAACAUUGACAGGAAAAAAUACCUAGUUCCAGCUGAUUUGACUGUGGGUCAGUUUGUCUAUGUCAUCCGUAAGAGAAUUAAACUGAGUGCAGAAAAGGCAAUCUUCAUAUUUGUAGACAAUGUCCUCCCAGCUACAGGAGCAAUAAUGUCUACCAUAUAUGAUGAAAAGAAGGAUGCAGAUGGAUUUCUUUACGUUACAUACAGUGGCGAGAACACAUUUGGGUAGCGGAUGAUCAGAUGUUGUCAUAUUUCUUUGUCGUUAUAAUCGUCGUUCCAUCGUUAUAUUACGCAUCUCCGUUAACACGUUAUCUUCUACAAUACCAGCACUCUGCUUAAUAUAUAACUGCACUCUGUUUAUCUGUGCAGGAAUGGUUUGUAUAUAGCUUUUUAGCAACUUAUAAGAUGCCAAUCUAAUGAAUAAUUCCUAAUCAUAUGCUUUUUAUCUA